AUGCCCGACGGGAACUGUAGUUCGGCGCGGGGGACGCCGCCAGUUGUAGUCCCGGACACCGCUAACCUCACCACUGUGUCGCGGGGCCAGACUCCAUUUCCCAGCAGCCAGCGCGGCGAGGCCAGGGUCCGGGCCUGGGCGCUCGGGUCUCGAGGGGCACCGGGGACAGAGAGGGGAGGCUGGCGUGAGCGGCGGGACCGGGUGCGGCUGGGGGCUGGGCCCCGGUUGGAGGUGCCAGGCCUAGGCGUGCUGCCUGAGCCUGAGAUGAUGGAUGCGCCACCCAUCACGCCUGGGGAGCUGCUGUGUCUGGGCACCAGCCUCGCCUUCUCCGGCUUCUUCUACUAUCUGUACAGGAAGAAAGCCAAAGUCAUGGCACGUAUACAGGAGGCCCCAAAGCUCCAGGUUGAUGAUGAUUUACCAGCACUGGUAUCUGCAGCUGAUGGGAGGUGCCUGCCUUAUGUUGCCCUGGAAGGCAUAGUGCUGCCAGCCAAGGCUGUGCUGACCAGCCAUUACCAUGAAGGGCUGCAGGGUGUGAUCCAGAAACUGCUUGUGAAAGAGCAUCGGCUGAUCUGGAACAGCUUGGCCCGGACCUGGAGCGAGAGCGAGCGGGUGCUGUCAGAGCAGGUCUACACUGUCCCCUUCUUGCUGGCCUCAGCAGACACUGAGGCAGUGACACAAGUGAGCGUGGAGAGCCCACUCCGAGCUGUCUGUCUGCCACUGGAGACAGUGUAUGAGCGGUUCCAGCAGCCAGUCCAUGGCUUCCGUGACCUGCUGGGCCAGUACUUGAGUGGGGAGAAGCCCAAGGGCAUCCUGGAGACAGAGGAGAUGCUGAGGGUAGGGGCUGGGCUGACAGGCAUUGGGGAGCUGGCCCUGCACCUCGAUGGCUCCCUGCACCUUGAGCCACCAGCCCAGGUGGGUGAGUAUUUCCUGUGCCUGGGCGACUGGCAGACAGUGCUGGCGGAGCUGGAGUCAGCCAGUGGGCUCUGGAAGGGGGCGGCCAUGCUGUGUGCUGCAGCAGGCCUGGCCAUCCUCCUGCAUGCCCUAUGCCGUGCCUACCGCCGUGCCCGCCUCAAGCAGCAGCGUGAGGACAAGGAGCCGGACGAUGAGGAAGCUGGGGACGGGGGGCUCGAGGACUUCUGCGUUAUCUGCCUGACCCAGCCCCGUGAAUGUGUCCUCUUGAGCUGUGGCCACAUCUGCUGCUGCUUCCGCUGCUUCCAGGCCUUGCCUGCCCGCCUCUGCCCCAUCUGCCGCGGACCCAUUGAGCGUGUGGUGCCCCUCUACCAGGCCUGAAAGCA